GAGAGAGAGAGAGAGAGAGAGAGAUAUCCAAGGACAGACAGCACUGAGGGGAGGGAAAAACACACACUCUGUCACACCUACCCCACAGCCUCACACAGCCUCUGUAAGAGACAGAACUGGUCCUGACAUUGUGAGGAAGAUGAAUGGCUGCAUGAGAGGAGCAUCCAGGACAGGACAUUAGCUCCUGAAGCUGCUGAGACAAAUACAUGCCAAGGACUACAAACAAACAGAGAGAGAGAGAGAGAGAGAGAGAGAGAGGGAGCACAGCAAGCCCAGAGGGAAGGACAGCAGCGUUUCAGAGAGGGGUAAAACAGAGUGGAAGAGGCAGGUUCAUUCUGCUGCUAAGGACCUUAAAAAGGAUUUAAACUGCAGAACUAAAAAGCUGCAUUUUGGGGUUUUGUCGUCCUCUCUGCAAACGGAAAUCCACUCCUUCUCUUUCUGCCUGCAGAGAGCUCCCAGUCCACCUCCUCCUGCUGCUGCUGCUGCUGCGAGGUUACAGUCUCCGUGCUUCUGUGCACAGCACCAGAACAGACUGCUUUGUAGUCCGAGACCAUGAGUGAGGCGAAGAAAGGUGAGCUAGCCAUCCGGGAUAAAGCCAUUCUGCACCAGCAGAGGCGUCUGAAGCAGGCCACCCAGUUCACACACAAGGACUCAGCUGACCUCCUGCCCCUGGACGGGCUGAAGAGGCUGGGCACGUCCAAAGACUUGCAACCUCACAGCAUCGUCCAGCGCCGCCUGCUGGAGGGAAACAUCACACGGCUGCGAGGGGAGGCCCGGGACCCCGGCAACAGGGUUCGGUCCCCGCUGGCCGACACCAAGGACGGAGCCGCCGACGCCGAGGAGAGGAGCGAGAGCACGGCCGACGACUCCACAGAGGAGAGGGAGUCUCUGGAGGAGAGCGAGAGGAGCUUACGGUCGGACGAGGAGGACGACAGCAGCGAAGCCGGAGCCAGACAGACGGCCGAGAAGACCGAGGGCACGGAAGACUCGACCCUCCUCACAGCUCUGGUUGUUCAGUGCAAGUGCUGCGAGACUGAAGUCAAGGCAUCCAUUAACACCGGCAGCCAACAUAACCACAUCUCCUCCUCCUGCUGCCAGAGGCUGGGAUUGGUGCCCAGUCAGGACAGUUCACCAUGUGGCGUGAGCGGCUCAGUGACGGAUCUGCAGCUGCAGCUGGGCAGACAGACGGUCCAGUGUUCAGCCUAUGUUAAAGAGGAUGAGGCGUUUGAGCUGUGCCUGGGUCUUCAGACUCUGUUGGAACUCAAAUGCUGCUUGGACCUGAGCAGUCGCGUCCUGAAGCUGCAGGGCUGCGGCGAGGAGCUGCCCUUCCUGAACCCUUCGACCGACAGCCAGUGCCACCAUGACACCAACGAGAACCUGUGAGCCCGACGCGACGCGACGGCGGCGGCGAUCGUUUUCCUCUAAUCCCGACCGGCUGCAGCAAAGUGGCGCGAUGCCGUUUGUGUCUGGACCAUCCGAUCACAAUGUCUCACACUGCCAGAACAUGGACGAGCAUUCGCCACCGUCGUUCUUGAGUUUACAUCAUUGUGUUUGUAGAAUUAAGACAUUCACCAUGAUUAUCUCUUAUAUUAAAUUAGUCUACUUUACAGAGCGGAUGAUUACCAGUUACGAGACAAUCCGAUCUCUGAGAGUCUAAUCAUUCUUUAUGAUUAUAUUGUAUAUUCAAACCACUUCCUCUGUUGAGCUGCCUGGGUGCACUGACGCUCUCCGAAAGGGAAAACCGUUAUAUAAUUAUAUGAAGUGGACAUUAGUGGAAUAUUUUGUGAUUUGGCUGUAAUUGUAAAACUAAAUCAUUUCAGUUUAGAUGUUGUUAAAGGAUUAGUUUAAUAUUUCGGGAGAUUUGCUUGUUUAUUUUCUUGCCGAAAGUUAAAUGAAGUCGGUACCACCUUCAUGUGCGAGGUGAAUGUGAAGCUACAGCCAGCGGCCAGUUAGCUUAGCUUAGCAUGAAGACGGGACACAGGGGUUAAACGGAUCGCCUGGUGCUGUCCAGCACCUCUAAAGCUCGCUGAUGAACGUGUUAUAUCUUGUUUGUUUAAUCUGUACAAUCUGUAAAAGUGCCAACUUGUGGUUUUAGAGAACAGGAAGUCACUGCUCCAGGCAGAGAAACAGUCCUGCAAAGUAAGGCCUAUAAAACCGCAACUUGACAUUUUUCCAUUUCAGUGUUUCUCCUGAUUUAAACGGUGGUUCCUAAAGCUUUUUUUUUUUUUUUUUUGUCUGACAUACUCCCACAGCCCAAUCAGAUGAGCAAGUACGCCUUCAUCAACAACAACAAUCAUCAUGUUCUAAAUGUCAUUUAACACUGACAAGCAGCGACAAUAUUUUUCAUACAAUUGAACUAAUGUUUAGGUCAGUUUCCAUUUGUACUUCUUCUACUUGAAGUAACAGGAGCUGGAAAUUUAGUUAGUUUAGCCACUCUGCGGUCUUACCACUUAACCACCGGCAACAGCUGAAGUAUUCCCCCCCCCUCCACGGUACAAACACUCCUCGUAUGGAGUCACAAUAAAACGAGACAUAAGCCGUGUCCCAGUUGAGGGGCCGCAUCCCUCGGUGGCUACAAAGGACUUGCGUAGACAGCGAAGGCCGAUCCGAAAUGAGACGGUCCGGUCGCGCCGCUUGAGACGCAACCCGUCUUCAAAUGCAGCCUCUGAAUGAUGCGGCCGCUGAAUCAGGACUCAGCUGUAAUAAGUGAGAUCGUAGUGUAUUGUGUUACCGUUGGGUAACUGUUGCUGGCUGUAACAUCAUAUUCACCAGACAUUUGUGAAAGUGGUAUCAAUCUUCUCGACAUCAACAUACACGAAUGUGAAUAAGCGAAUUUUUCCCGAAAUGUCAAACGUCAUUUCCUUUAAUAAUCAGCAUAACGGUACUCAGGAUGCCCUUGCUAGUGUGUUCAAAGGAAAUUCCUCAGAAGUCAGCUUGUGUAAUUAGGUGUGGAUCAGGCUACCUCCUUAAGAAACAAGGACCGGUUCUCAUCUAGAAUUUUAAAAAGAGUUUCUGAGGUACUUAUAUUCAGCUUUGUGGAGCCCCUUUUAGCUCUUUCUUUCCUUAUCAAAGAGACUGAUGUGGUUACAUUUUCCGGGAGCACACGCACACGUCUGUCGGACUGAAUCGCAGUAGUUCCCCAUAAAUCCCCUCCAAUAAAAAUAGACUUCAGGUCAGCCAGCCAAACAUAUUUGAGUCAGACUCAGCGACAGGAAUAUCAAAACAUUCCAUCUGCAUGACUUUGUAAAGUUCUGCCUUUGUAUAAGUCUGCAUGUUUGUGUACUAGUCUGAUUGUGUCACGUUGAAAGUCUGAAGGGGCUGGAUGUGUGUGUGUGUGUGUGUGCUUUUUCGUGUGCAUGUAUGUGUGUUAGGAGUCGAAGCAGGGUUUUUCUGCCUUGUCACGGCUUCGGUUUCACAUGUGUGUGUGUGUGUGUGGGGAGGGGUGGGGAUGGGGGGGUGGGGGGAGUCCUAUCUUCCCCCAAACCGGUCCACCGAGCUCUGGUCAGAAGAAGCUGCCAAAAGCCGACCCCAGCGGCCUUCCCUCUCUGCCUCUUUCAAGGAGAUUUUAAUCACUCGGCUGAGGCUGCACUCUGUGCCAAGGCCCCUCUUCAAGCUCAUCUCCCUCUUUAUUCAGAGGACCGGUCUUCUUUUAUGUAUUUACCACCUUUUUUUUGGGCUGACGUUAUUAUCCAUGUUGACACCUCAUGUUUUGCUGAUCUGCCCGUCGCGAGAGAAAACGAUAAGAACUCCCCACACUACAGUGCCACCUUUCUCUCUCGUCUCUCUUGUGUUUUCAUUUUGCGGAGAAUCAAGAGCUGCCUCAGAUGUGCUUACCGAAGGCCAUCAUGCUCCGCUUUAAUGACACCUGAGCCGUGCCGUGCUUCUGACUGUGCUACGAGUAUCCAUCUGACCUCUUCAUGGAGGUUGUCCACAUGUAGAUUGGCAAUGUUUGUUUCUCUUUGAUGUACUAGUGACCUUCCUACGCCGUGUGAGAGGAAUCGAUGUAUGACAGAAGUUUAUUUUUGGUGUUUCUCUUCUUCUGAACAGUAUUUUCUCUGCCUAAUAAAAUAUGUAUUCUGGCUA